AAGUUUAUUCAGAAUUUUAGACACUCAAUUAUUGUUGGCCUCACUAUUUCUUCUGUCUUCCCUUUCUUUAUCUAUAUAUAUCUUUGUAAUAAAGGAGGCAUAAAGAGAGAGCUGUCUGAGUAGCCAUGGAAAACAAUGAAAAAGUUGUUGCAACUGAUGAACCGAAGACGAAGCACAGAGGAAUUAAAGCCAUGCCCUUUGUAAUUGGCAACGAGACAUUCGAGAAGCUGGGUACAAUUGGCACCUCAACCAACCUCUUGGUCUAUCUCACUACUGUCUUCAACAUGAAGAGCAUCACUGCUACAACUUUUGUCAACGUCUUCAAUGGCAGCACCAACUUCGCUACCUUGAUAGGAGCAUUCCUCUGUGACACUUACUUUGGCCGCUACACCACACUGGGUUUUGCUUCCAUAUCUUCAUUCCUGGGGAUGCUAGUAAUAACACUAACGGCGGCGGUACAGAAGAUGCAUCCUCCUCACUGUGGAACGACGGACACUGGCACAUGCAUUGGGCCAACAGCAGGGCAAAUGGCUUUUCUACUGAGUGGAUUUGGACUACUGGUAAUUGGAGCUGCUGGGAUCCGGCCAUGUAACUUGGCCUUUGGAGCCGACCAGUUCAAUCCAGAAACUGAAUCUGGGAAGAGGGGAAUCAGUAGCUUCUUCAAUUGGUACUACUUCACCUAUACUUUUGCCAUGAUGGUGUCCCUGACAGUCAUUGUCUAUGUGCAAUCUGACGUGAGCUGGUCUCUGGGGUUAGCAAUUCCCACGCUUCUGAUGUUAUUAUCAUGUGCACUAUUUUUCAUGGGCACGAGAAUAUAUGUGAAGGUAAAACCUGAGGGUAGCCCCUUGAAGAAUGUGGCGCAGGUCAUAGUUGCUGCAGUGAAGAAGAGGCGACUGGAGUUACCAGGGCAACCAUGGCUCUCUCUUUUUAAUCAUAUUCCUGCAAAUUCUAUCAACUCCAAGCUUCCUCACACAGACCAAUUCAGAUUCCUCAGCAAAGGUGCAAUCCUAACCCCUGAAGUCCAAAUCAACUCAGAUGGGUCAGCAGCCAAUCCUUGGAGACUAAGCAGUAUGCAGAAGGUUGAGGAAGUGAAGUGUGUGAUAAGAGUGAUUCCCAUAUGGGCCGCAGGCAUUAUCUACUAUGUGGCUUUAGUCCAGCAGAGCACCUAUGUAGUGUUUCAGGCCCUUCAAUCUGACCGGCGCCUUGGCUCUACCGGCUUCAAGAUCCCAGCUGCAUCUUACACUGUAUUUACCAUGCUUAGUCUCACCAUCUGGAUACCUAUAUAUGACCAAAUUAUUGUCCCUCUCCUCCGAAGGUUAACUGGAAAAGAAGUUGGCAUCACAUUGCUUCAGAAGAUGGGUAUUGGCAUGGUUCUUGCAGUAAUCACCAUGAUUUUAUCUGCCUUGGUUGAAGAGCGGAGGAGAACUCUGGCUCUUACAAAGGCAACAGUGGGGAUAGAAGCAAGAAGAGGUGCCAUUUCUUCCUUGUCAGGCAUGUGGUUGGUGCCUCAGCUCACACUAAUAGGAAUUUCUGAAGGAUUAACUAUUAUUGGCCAAGUAGAAUUCUUCUACAAGCAAUUCCCAGAAAACAUGAGAAGCUUUGCUGGAGCUUUCUUGUUUUGUGGAAUCGCAUUUUCAAAUUAUUUGAGUAGUUUUUUGGUAUCAAUAGUUCACCAGAGCACCGGUGGGACUGCAACAGGCAACUGGUUGCCAGAAGAUCUUAACAAGGGAAGAUUGGAUUACUUUUACUACUUGGUUGCUGCUUUGGGGAUGGUAAAUUUACUCUACUUUCUAGCUUGCGCUAAGUGGUACAAGUACAAAGAUUCUGAGGAAAGUCCCCUUGAGGUGAGCCUGGAGAAAAUGCAACCCCAAAAACCUCUUGUUUGACGCACAAGUUCAUACAGAAUAUUUUCAUUGUGUGGAAAACAGGAUACAACAAUAUUCUAAUAACAAGAAGCUAAAGCAAUGCAUGGCAACUGGACACAAAAUGGGAUCCUUCCUGUUUGCCUACUCCCUUGCAAACCUGUACCCAAUUAAAUUUAAAUUAAAAAGAAAAAAGAAUAAAAAAGAAUAAAAAAAAUGAACCAUGUUCUGGUUUCUGCAUGCUUUAAUUGAA